UAUUUCCGGUUAGCUUUAGCCUGCCGGUCAUUCAUGUAGCUUUUUGUGUUGUUAUAAACAUUCUAUUAUUUCUAUUAUAUUAAUUAUAUAUCUUUAAAAAAAAAAAAACAAUUACAGAGUAAUAAGUUUGCGGUUUUGUUUCUGCGAAACUCGGAUUAUUAUUAUUUUUUUUUCAUUUUGAACGGUAAAGUAGAAAACAAUCAGAAAAGACACUCUUCAUGUGUUUAUAAACUGCUGCAGCUAGCAUAGAUAUAUCUGGAUGAACUAAUCCGGUUAAAUUCAGCUUGUUUUGUCAUUUAGAUCCGUGAAUAAAUCAGCCAGACUGCCCGGCGUGUGUCAUGGCCGACCCGGCGCGCGUGAAAAACGAACCAGGAAUUGACGUCGCGACCGCAGAGCAUGUUCGGCAGGAUAAAAACGCAGGUGAGGGUUCAAGCGGAGGAACCGCGACUUCGGAGACGACAACGGAUCAGACCACCGUGAAACAGGAGGACAAAGUGGGCGUGGCCAAGGAAGUGUCGGGAGGAGACGAGGACGACGAAGGACACUCGAGCGCUCAUCCUCCGGCUGCGAAAAAACCGAAAGUGGAGCCGGAGAAGAAGAAGGAGAAGAGACACAAAGUGGACGAAGACGAGAUCCAGAAGAUGCAAGUGUUGGUGUCUUCGUUCUCAGAGGAGCAGCUGAACCGGUACGAGAUGUACAGACGCUCGGCUUUCCCUAAAGCAGCCAUUAAAAGGCUUAUUCAGUCCAUCACGGGAUCUUCUGUGUCUCAGAACGUCGUCAUCGCCAUGUCCGGCAUCUCGAAAGUGUUCGCCGGGGAGAUUGUCGAAGAAGCUCUGGAUGUGUGUGAGAAGUGGGGAGACACUCCUCCUCUGCAGCCCAAACACAUGAGGGAGGCGGUGAGGAGGCUGAAGACCCGGGACCAGAUCCCCAACACCAAACACAAACGCAUCCUCUUCAACUAAACACAGCCAUUUGUAAUAUUUAGCGCCCUCGUCUGGCCCUGAGGUGAACUGUUGUCAAAUGAAAACACUCACUGGUGAAUCUGGGUGCUUUGUGAGUUGGCCUUUUUUUAUUAUUAUUUUUUAAAUUUUUUUUUUU